AUGGACUUGGAUAGCAUUGAGUGUGUUUCAUCUUCUGAUGGAAUGGAGGAAGAUGAGAUCCAACACCGUAUUCUUCAUCCUCAUCCACAUCAACAUCCACAUCAUCAUCAUCACUCUGAGUUUUCUUUAUUGAAACCUCGUAAUGGAGGAAACACUAAUAACAUUAAUCAUGUUAUUGGCUCUACUGCUAUUGCUCCUGCUACUAGUGUUCAUGAGUUGUUGGAAUGUCCUGUUUGUACCAAUUCAAUGUAUCCUCCAAUUCAUCAGUGCCACAAUGGUCACACAUUGUGUUCCACUUGUAAAACAAGGGUGCACAAUCGAUGUCCGACUUGUAGACAAGAGCUUGGAGAUAUCAGGUGUCUGGCACUAGAGAAGGUUGCCGAAUCACUCGAGUUACCAUGCAAGUACUACUCUCUCGGAUGUCCUGAAAUCUUUCCAUACUACAGCAAGCUUAAGCAUGAGGCGGUAUGCAAUUUUAGACCAUACACUUGUCCUUACGCCGGAUCAGAGUGCUCCGCUGCUGGUGAUAUUAACUUCCUCGUCGCACAUUUGAGGGAUGAUCAUAAGGUCGACAUGCACACAGGAUGCACAUUCAACCAUCGUUAUGUAAAGUCAAAUCCGCGUGAUGUAGAGAAUGCUACUUGGAUGCUCACUGUAUUUCAUUGUUUCGGCCAAUACUUCUGCCUUCACUUUGAAGCUUUCCAGCUAGGCAUGGCUCCAGUUUACAUGGCAUUCCUUCGUUUCAUGGGAGACGAGAACGAUGCUCGAAACUACACAUAUAGCCUCGAAGUUGGAGCAAAUGGACGAAAACUCAUUUGGGAAGGAACACCACGGAGUAUCCGUGACAGCCACCGUAAAGUCCGAGAUAGUCACGACGGACUCAUAAUUCAACGAAAUAUGGCUCUAUUUUUCUCUGGUGGUGAUAGGAAAGAACUGAAACUAAGAGUGACAGGAAGAAUAUGGAAAGAACAACAGAAUCCAGAUGGUGGCGUGUGUAUACCAAAUCUUUGCAGCUAA